AAAUUAUCAAAAAUAAAAUAUAUUUAUAAAACAUAAGAUAAUUCUUAAAUAUGUUGUGUUUUUAUCUGAAAAUAUUUUUUUUUAUUAUAAAAUAUAAUUUUUAAUGUCUGAUUUAUCUUUUUGAAAUCAUAAUUAAUAAUUUAUUGUGUUUGUUUUGAUUUAAUAGUUAUAAAUAGAAGAACACUAUGCCCGCAUAUGCGGGCAGAACACCUAAUAUAUACGUAUUUGCGUACAGUUUGGUCAAAAAAUUCGAUGGACGGGUGGCUUAUAUAUAAUUUCUAGUUGAUAGUCAAUCUUGCAAAUAAAGGAUACUUUGAGGGUUUUAUUGUAUAACAUCCUCUUUGAUGUCUUUACUCUUUUACAUUGUUUCACAUCUAACGAUACCGUUAGAUUUUCUUGCAAACUACUAAAGCUAAGCCCAAAACAUAUAACGCCCAGCCAAUGGAAAAACCACUGUACGAAGGCUAAAUGGGCCGCAACAGAUCCAUAAACAUAAACCCUAAUGGUUUAAUACCUUUUUGUUGUGCGACUGAGAAGUAGCCAACUAGGUGAAGACAAGUUGCAAGGGGAAGUGGGCGUGAAGACCAGUCAGGACACAUUAUCAGUCUUUAUGUCUACCCAUUUGCUUUCUCAAGUUAUGGAGCAUUCUUCCUUUUUCUUACACCAACUUGGCAUCACUUUCCAAAUCUUUGGUCAAGAGAUAAGUGUCCUUAAUGUGUGUUUGUUAGUAUGUUUCUCAAUUACACAUUUUUAAAGAAACCAAUUAAUCUUGUGAUCUGUGAAAGACAAGUGAAGAAGUCUUAAGUUCAUUAAAGGCAUGGUCAGCAUUAACAAAGGAGGAAGUUUAUGAUUAGACCAAUAGCAAAUAUGAGUUCCAUUUAAACUAGUAGCAAAACAGAACAAAAACUUCUCAUCUCAAGAUAGAAGAAAAAGAAGUUCCAUUUCCCAAUUUAAAAGUCUCUUUCUUUCCCACCAAUCAUUCUUCUUCUCAUCUACAUGCAAGACCUUUAACUCUUUCUCUUUAUCUCUGACUCUCUCUUAUCUCCUCUGUUCCCAAGCCCAUACGGGUAAUAGAACCUGCCCCCAAAGUUGGCUCUGCAACAGAAGAGAACAUAACACUUGACAGUAACAGCACCUAAUGAAUCCACUCACAGAUUCAGAUUCUUCACAUUUUCCAACUCUCCUCAAACACCAUCUUAAACUUGACUUCUUCUCUACUUCACAUCUUCUCCACUGCCUUUUUAAACUCAUCUUCUCAAGUCCACAACAUACACAUUCUCUCUCUCUUAGUCUUCAACUCAAGAUAACAUAGAAUGGAAGAUGAUCAUCACCAUCAAGUAGAAGACAAAGAGAUCAACGAAACUAAAGAAGCCAGCAAGGCAGAAGAAGACACAUCUUCAUCAAGAGUAUUCUCUUGCCUCUUUUGUUCUAGAAAGUUCCAGAGUUCCCAAGCCUUAGGAGGCCACCAGAACGCCCACAAGAAGGAGCGAACCGCUGCUAGAAGAGCCAAAAGGGCUUACGAUUUAGUCAACAACAAUGACUUUCUUCACACGCUACCUGUAUUCUUACCAUCUCCUUCUCCGCACCACUUGACCUUCUUAAGCUACCCUUCAUCAGCCUCCCUUGGCUGCUUUCCAGCUGCUCAACCCGACCAUCCAAUCUUCAGAUCCAACGACGUGCAUGCUGUGUUGGCGACAUCCCACCAAGGCAGAGAUAGCAGAGGAGGGUAUUUUGGUCAGCAGCAACGUGUUCAAAUUUUGGAUCAUAAUUGUAACGUGGUGACUAGUGAGAACGGUAGAGAUCAUUGUCUUGAUCUCUCCCUCCAUUUGUAACCUUAGCGUUUUAUUGUUAGACCAGUGGGAAAAGAUCUGAAUUUAUUAAACUUGACCCUGAUCCGUCAACUUUAAACCCUGUUUCCCGACGUCUUUGAAUUGGUGUUAUAUUCUCUACUUUAACACCAACUCUCUGCUUUUUUUUUUUUUCCCGUCAAUAUGAUUUUAUAUAUUAAAGGAUAUGGGCCAAGCCCAGAAUCAUUACAAUAAAAGCCCAUACUACAACUAAACCCGAUAACCAAAAGGGCCCAUAACCUUCCGGCCCAACAAGAGAAACCCUAAUCUCCCUACAGGAAAGAGAGCAGCCGCGUCGAAUGUCCAGCUUUUCCGAAGCACGGACACGUGUUGCCAUCCUCGACGACGAGGGGCACGUGUCACACGGACGCCUCAUCUCCACCACCUCUCAUCUUCGUCGGAGAUCCAGCCUUCGGAUCUCUCGACCAAAACGGAGCACUGCAGCUCCGCCAAACCUCACUUCAAACCUCUUUGGGCCUCUGAAACCGGAGAGCAUCGAUCGCCAUGGCGAGAGCUCCCCCAACACAGUUCACCGCAACCACCCAAAGAAAUUAACGCAUGCAACUUGAACCGAUUCCACCGGAGAGCCUCACUCUCCUCCGGCAAAAACACAAAAAAACCUAAAACUAAGCGAAGAG